UGUAAACACAAACUUUUAUUUUGGAUGCGAUUAAUCGCGAUUAUUCGUUUGACAGCCCUACCUUUUAUUUAUAUAAAUGAAUAAAUAAAAAUAAAAAAUAUAUAUUCAAAAUAAUUAUACACAGUGCAUCCACAUGUAUUAUGUAAACACAAACUUUUAUUUUGGAUGUGAUUAAUCGCGAUUAUUCGUUUGACUGCCCUACCUUUUAGCGCCGUUUAAACAUGCUCAUCAUAGUUGUGAAUAGUUUAUGAUGGUGUAGUUUGAUUCAAGUAUAUAAUCGAGUUCAUAGCCCUCAAUACUUUUAUAUUAAUAAACUACAAUAAUUCGGAAUGAAUUUUACUGAAAAGUUCUGCUUAUAUUUAUAAGUUCAUAACAAUUCACUGUAUUUUUCCAAUCUUUGUUAAAGCACAACACAAACUUGCUUGAUGUGUAAAUAUUUAUUAUUAUUAAUAAUAUUACAACAAGAAUUUGGUUCGCCAUUUGAAAAUGGUACUAAGAGGUUUCAUUUUUCGGCACAAAAUAUGUUCUCGUGAAACGUGUCCCGGACAGGUUUAGUGAGGUUCACACUUGUGUGUGUUGUGAAGCGUGAGUGUUUGGUUGCUGAUGUCUGUUAAUGCCUCUCGAGGUCAGAGGUGAAUCCUGCUGUUUUCAUUUAGAUGUAAAUAGACAAGUUAGAUCAUUAUUUUCACGUGUGGAUUAUUCAGCUCGGCUAAUUUCCGUUGUGAGAUUGCAGAUUUGAUGAUGGCCCAUGUUUGCAAAGAUCGUUCUGGAUCUUCACCCUGAAGCCAGACAAACAGGAUUCUUUCUGCUUGAUCAAUCCUCGUUUUGUUUCACGUUAGUUUAACAUUGCAUCUUCCCACAGUAAGUUCCAGACAGAUCGAGUUUGCCAAGUUUUCUCAUUAAGGGCAUUUAAAGGCAAAACUUCCCUAUGAAAGUUCAAAAAACGAUUAAUUUACACGCCAGUUGUUGCAGUUUCACUGAAUUAUGCAGUUGGUUUUGUAUGAAGUCUUCUUGUGUCCCUGGUGGUCGACAACACGUGUGUCUGGAACUGUGAAGAUGAAAAAAAUGACUUUUGUAUCUAUUUGUAUUGCUUCCUUGAAAAGAAAUGAUUUUGCGUCAUUCUGAUACUUGUAAAUAUAUUUUUGUAAGAUUUCUCGGCUGUCCCGAUCUUAUUUUUUGAUGUUGCAUAUCUGAAUAUUAGCAUUCUAGUACAGUAACGCCGUAGUGUAGUGAUCCGCCUCCUCACACACAGGCGUGGCUGCUUUCACCCUAACCAGUUUCUGCUCUGGAUGGGUGUGACGCCAACCUGACAAGCCUGUCCACUGGCCAGUGUGGCUGAAUAUCUCUCACACACACACUCGCAGCUCCGGUAGAGCGUCACUCGUGUCCUGUCUGAGGUUUUAGAGCUGAUUUGAAGAUGCCCUACAUUGUGAAUCCGCCGAGCGGCUCUGGGCAGGCGACCCUGGUGGAGAGCACGCAGGCGGACGGGAGGACGUAUGAGCAGAUCCGGCAGGAGUGUUUGCGGAAGGGGAAGUUGUUCGAGGAUCCAGAUUUCCCUGCCGUGGAAGACUCGCUCUUCUUCAGCCAGAGGGUCCCGGUUAACUUUGAAUGGAAGAGGCCGGGGGAAAUCUGCAAAAACCCACAAUUCAUCACAGGAGGAGCCACCAGGACGGACAUCUGUCAGGGGCAGCUGGGAGACUGCUGGCUGUUGGCAGCGAUCGCCUCCCUGACCCUCCAUGAGGAGACGCUGAAGAGGGUCGUCCCACAUGACCAGGGCUUUGAUCGCGGAUAUGCCGGUAUCUUCCACUUCCAGUUCUGGCAGCAUAAUAAAUGGAUGGAUGUGGUGGUGGAUGACAGACUCCCGUGUGUGAGGAGCAAGCUGAUGUUCGUCCACUCCGCCGACCAAACCGAGUUCUGGAGUGCGCUUCUGGAGAAGGCCUAUGCCAAACUGAACGGCAGCUAUGAAUCCCUGAAAGGUGGAAGCACCAUGGAGGCGAUGGAGGACUUCACCGGUGGCGUGGGCGAGAUGUACGAGACUAAGAGCGCCCCAAACAACCUCUUCACCGUCCUCAAGAAAGCGGUGGAGAGAGGGUCCAUGCUCGGAUGCUCCAUCGAUAUCACAAGUUCUGCUGAAUCCGAAGCCCAAACCUCUACUGGUCUGGUUAAAGGACACGCUUACUCCAUCACUGGAGUUGAAGAGGUCAACUACAGAGGAGCGAAGAUCCAGCUGAUCCGUGUCCGAAACCCCUGGGGUCAGGUGGAGUGGAACGGGCCCUGGAGUGACAACUCUAGGGAAUGGAGCAACAUUGACAGCGCAGAGAAGAAUCGAUUGCUACACAAUUCCCUGGAUGACGGAGAGUUCUGGAUGGAGUUUGAAGACUUCAAAUCCAACUACGAUAAGAUCGAGAUCUGUAACCUGACUGCAGACUCUCUCUCAGAUGACGUUGCAAAGAAGUGGGAGGUGAAUCUGUUUGAGGGCAACUGGAUCAGGGGCUCCACCGCUGGCGGCUGCAGGAACUACAUCGACACCUUCUGGACAAACCCGCAGUUUAAGCUCCGCCUGAAAGAGCCAGAUGAUGGCGAUAAGCUGUGUAGCGUGAUCGUGGCCCUGUUGCAGAAGAACCGCCGCCGCCUCAGGAAGGAAGGGCUUGACAUGGAAACCGUCGGCUUUGCCAUUUACGAGGCUCCUGAUGAUCAAGACCACCAGGGGAAGGACUUUUUCCGCUACAAUGGGUCUAAAGCGCGGAGCCGUAGCUACGUCAACAUGAGGGAGGUGUCCGAGCGCUUCCGACUCCCGCCUGGGAAUUACCUGGUGGUUCCCACCACCUUCCAGCCGCACAAGGAGGCCGACUUCCUGAUCCGGAUCUUCUCUGAGAAGAAAGCGGCAGCUGUUGAGAUGGGAAACACCAUUCAAGCAGAUCUGCCAGAACCACCGAAGCCAAACCCACCUGAGGAAGAGACCGAUGAGGAGAAGGGCCUGAGGAGACUUUUCGAACAGAUCGCCGGAUCGGAUAAAGCCAUCAGCGCCAGAGAACUGCAGCAUGUGCUGGACAGUGUCCUGAGCAGGAGAAAAGAGGUGAAGUUUGAUGGUCUGACCCUCAACACUUGCCACAGCAUCAUCAACCUGAUGGACGUGGAUGGCUCGGGAAUGCUGGAGUUCUCGGAGUUCAAAAUCUUCUGGGAUAAGCUGAAGAAAUGGAUCAUGCUGUUCCUGUCGUAUGACACGGAUCGUUCAGGACGCAUGUCUUCCUACGAGCUCCGCACCGCUCUCAACUCUGCCGGGAUGCAGUUGAACAAUAAGAUUUUGCAGUUGGUGGGUCUGCGGUUCGCAGACGAGAAUUAUCAGAUUGAUUUUGAUGAUUACCUGACGUGCAUCGUGCGUCUGGAGAACAUGUUCAGAGUUUUCCAAGCCUUUGACAGCAAAAAGACAGGAGUGAUCAGCCUGAACAUGCAACAGUUCUUGAUGUUAUCCAUGAACGUCUGAGGAUUCAGCAGGAACAGUAUGAUGGACGGGAGUGUUGUUACUGAACAGUUCUACACACACACACACACACACACACAGGGUCUUUCCCAUUGCUAUACUGACUAUAAACUCAUGUGAACGUUUUACUCUUGAUUGUUUUGUGACCAAAGUCUAUGAUUUGAGGCAUAUUCUCUCUAUGGAUUUUGCAAGAAAUUGUGAUAAUUGCAUGAUGUUGCAUUGUUCACAGAGCUGCUGAACCGCCAAGGUUUUAUCUCGAAAGGUGCAUGCAUAAUAAACAAAAUCGGGGCUAUAAAAGAAUAAAAACUUCAAUAAAAAUGACUGUGGCUUUUGUUAUUGACAAGCUGUGACAGAGCAACCAAUCAUUGAAAUAUGUUAAUUAUACAAAUAAUAAAUUGUUUCAUAUUAAACAAGGCCCAUGCAUUCUGUCAGUGAAUCAUCACCAGGAAAAAACAAUUAUUUAACUAAAUGUGUAAUGCAUUCCUGGUUAACCCUUGUGUUAUGUGGCGGGUCAAUUUGACCCAUUUUGAUUUUUGAGUUGUCGGAAAUACUGGUUUGUUUUUUUCUUGACAUUUUGUGACUUUUUCUUUUUUAGGAUCAGGAAGAUGCAUACAAAGUUUGAAUAUACGGUGAUUUGUUUUGACAUGUACACACAUCAUUUUACGUGAUGUUUGUGGGUCAUUUUAACCUGUUUGAAUGUUUUAAUGCAACUUGCACAGACCCAAAAUAAUAAAGUUUCUUGGUUAUA